AUGAGCCUGGGCUGCUCCUCUUCAUCGUCCUUCGCCUCUCCCAAGUCGGGACCGUCCGAUCUUUCGCCCAGGGACUUAUCCUGGCUGCAAUCAGCUCCGCCCAUCUCUCCGCCCAUGUCCAGCCAUGAUCAUCCGCCACUGCGACAGUCGUCGGCUGCAUCCUCCCUUUCGUCUGCCAGCGGCAUCGUGCCUGGAGAGCAGAGAAGCAAUCCGGAUGGUCCUUCUCGGCUCUUCGGCAGCGACAGCGGUGCGCACCACCCGCACCAGCAGCUGCCCUCGCUGAGCAGCCUAUUCGGCCCACCAGAGGCAGUGCAGCCUCUGCAUGCGUCCCCACCGGAGCGAGCACAAGCGCCGACAGCGGCGCUGCCUUUCGCAGCAGCAGGCCCAUCACCUCCCCCGCCGUUGUCGCUGGACCGACAGCAACCUUCGCCGUCAUCCUACUAUUCCAAGCCCCUCAACCUACAGGCGAAAACAUCGAGAGCAUCCCCGGUGCUGUCGCAGCAGCCACGAUAUGUCUAUGACUCUGUGAGAUCAGCCGACGACAGAACGUCUUCUUCAGCUUAUCAGCAGCAUCAGCAGCAGUUGCCGAUGCCUCACCAGCAAGAUCGGCAGAUCAACGAACGGGAGCCACCAGCACAUGCCUCUCUCCAGGUAUCGCCCCGAACACAGGACAAGCCAGGUUUGCUCCGACAGCGAGAGAGCCCACCGCCUUCACAGCCAUGGUCUGACUCCCGGCCUGCCUACGUCACCGUGGGCAAGUGGCCGCGGCAAGAGGAAGGUGGUUCGGCCUACUCCCAAGUUCGCGAGCAACCACAGCCGCAACAGGCUCCUUACCGCCAUCAUCAACACGAGCACCACGGUCAACCACAGCAUUACCACCAGCUGCCUCUAGCCGAAAACAUCCGAUACGCACCAUUGUUUCCACCGGGUGACCGGUCGCCGGCGAGCGAGUACGAGAGAAAGCUGUACCGUAACCAGCCGCCACCAGCGCCUCCACUUCCUCAGCCAUCUCCUGGCAGUCCGUACGGAGGCAGCGCAGGGUCUGAUUACCGUGCUCCAAUGCGCUCUAUCUCCGGGCGAUCGUCUUCCGUUUCUAGGAAUGCACCGUCGACUCCAGAUGGCGUGUCUGUGAAGGACGGCUUGGGCCCCAAAAUCUGGACGGGCACGCAUUUUCUCCCAAGAUUUGUGCGGGCUGCAGAGGUGCCUGGCGAAGGCAUGUGCUACUUUUACGACGACGGCAGCCACUGCAAGACAGUGAUUGACGGCGAGGCUGUUACCGCCCACUGGGGUGUGACCAAGGCCGGAAAGCCGCGGAAGCGAUUGGCCAUUGCCUGUGUGACUUGCCGCGAGAAGAAAAUCAAAUGCGACCCGGACUAUCCUCGAUGUGUCCAGUGCGAGAAGCUCGGCCGUGUCUGCAAGUUCAAGAAUGCUCCUCGUGGAGGCAACAACGUUUCGCCGAGCCCAUCGAGUGUCGAGCCAGCUGACGGUAUGCGCCGUGCGACUGAGCCGUCUAGAGGGCUUCCUGUCGAUUCGCCAUGGUCCUUCGGCUACCCUGGCUCUAUGGGGUCCCCUAGAACGACGAUGAUGCGGCCAGGAAGCUCGGAUUCCCGGGAUGCAGGCUCUAACAAGCGCAUACGGACAUCUUUCGACGGCUAUGCAUCCGGCAGAACGAGAUCGCCUCCCUUGAUGGCGCGUCCGCUGCCACACCUCAUGUCGUCAUCGGCAUCUGAGACGGCUCUGAUGCCUUCGGAAAUGGGGCGGGGCGCUGAUCUGCUGCCCCCUCUGGCCUGGGGCAGCAGCAGCAGCUCUCAGCAGCAGCCGCAAUUGCAUUCGCCACCGGCGCUUUCUCAGCAGCGAUACGCACCCUCUUCUCCGCCUCCGGCGGAUCUCCCUCGCAUUUUUCUACCACCUCCUCGGUCACACCCCGACCUGCCACGAAAACACAACGACAUGUUGAUGAGGCCGUGGCAGCAGGACGUGUGA